GCACCAGAUCACCUCACACUUCUUCCCUCUUCAACCUGGCGGUGAACCCAGAGUUGUGAGAUGAAAAAAAAACCCAUGCAUAAUAUCAAAUGUGGAGUGUGGGCUCUGUGAGAAGGCCUGAACACACGUGAACACGGAGAGCAACAACAGUGAGAAAGUGUGAGGAGAAGCAGAAGAAGAAGAAGAGAAACAGGGACAUUUUAAAAGUGGGAACCUGAAAUACAACAACCUGGACUGUGGACAGACUGCGAUGAUGAUGGUGAUGAUUCUCAUAAUGUUAAUGAUUCUGAUGAUAAAGAUGGCAACGGCCUCGGUGCCUGGCCCAGAGAUGGACGUUAAACUGGGAGUGGAGACCAGCUUGGCCAAACGAACCCUGAGCUUCUGCCACCAGUUGAAGUUGGGGGUCACAGAGAUUCCCUCCAGCAUCUCCAGCAACACCCAAUGCCUGGAAGUUAAGCAGACGGAGAUCAUAGUGAUUCCCCAGGGCGCCCUCAACAGCCUGCAGCACCUCAGGAAACUCACUAUAUGGGAGAACGAAAAGCUGGAGAGUAUCAGUGAGUUUGCCUUCGCCAGCCUCUCUCAGCUCACCGAUAUCUUCAUCUCUGGGAAUGUUGCGUUAGAAAAUAUAGGAGCUUUUGCUUUCUCUGAUCUCCCUGAACUCACCGAGAUAACCAUAACAAAGUCAAAACACCUGACACACAUCAAUCCAGAUGCAUUCAAGGACAUUGUGAAACUGAAGUAUCUGACCAUCGCCAACACCGGACUGAGACUCUUUCCAGACUUCACCAAGAUCCACUCCACAGGCCUGCUUCUGUUUGACCUGCACGACAACAGCCACAUAGAGAGAGUCCCCGCCAAUGCUUUCAAAGGCCUCUGCACUCAAACUAUCCCUGAGAUACGGCUCACCAGAAAUGGCAUCAAGGAGGUGGCAAGUGACGCCUUCAAUGGCACAAAGAUGCACAGAUUGUUCCUAAGAGGCAACGAACAGCUUACUCACAUCAAUCCCAACGCCUUUGUGGGUUCCAGUGAGUUGGUGGUACUAGACAUUUCCCAAACGGCCCUCACCUCCCUGCCGGACUACAUCCUCGGUGGACUCCAGAAGCUGAUCGCAGAGUCCGCCCCCAAUCUGAAGGAGCUUCCUCCUCUGCAGCUCUUCACCAAACUGCACCAGGCCAACCUGACGUACUCGUCACACUGCUGCGCCUUCCAUAACAUACACAGGAACAGAUCAAAGUGGAACUCCCUCUGCUCCCACCCCGAUGCUCAGGGCAACCCUCACUUCUACAGGGACUACUGUUCCAACUCCACCUCCAUCAUCUGCACCCCAGCCCAAGACGACUUUAACCCCUGUGAGGAUAUCAUGUCAGCCGUCCCCCUGCGGGUCCUCAUCUGGAUCAUCUCCAUCCUCGCGCUGCUGGGGAACGCAAUGGUACUUCUGGUCUUAUUAGGCAGCCGCACCAAACUGACUGUUCCCCGUUUCCUCAUGUGCCACUUGGCCUUUUCUGACCUCUGCAUGGGCAUCUACCUGGUAGUCAUAGCAACUGUAGACAUGCUCACUCGAGGCCGGUACUACAACCACGCCAUAGACUGGCAGAUGGGCCUCGGCUGCAGCGUUGCCGGCUUCUUCACGGUGUUUGCCAGUGAGCUGUCAGUGUUCACAUUAACAGCAAUCACCCUGGAGCGCUGGCACACCAUCACACAUGCUCUGCGGCUCGACCGUAAACUUCGCCUGAGACAUGCCUGUAUUGUCAUGACAGCAGGGUGGAUUUUCUCCUCCAUAGCUGCUUUGCUUCCCACAGUCGGGGUCAGCAGCUACGGCAAAGUGAGUAUCUGUCUGCCCAUGGACGUAGAGUUUCUGGCGUCUCAGAUCUACGUGGUGUCUCUUCUCCUCCUCAACAUCCUGGCUUUCUUCUGCGUGUGCGGCUGUUACCUUAGCAUCUACCUGACCGUCCGCAACCCCUCCUCGGCGCCGGCCCAUGCCGACACACGUGUGGCCCAGCGCAUGGCCGUCCUCAUCUUCACCGACUUUGUCUGCAUGGCUCCCAUCUCCUUCUUUGCCAUCUCAGCAGCCCUCAAACUCCCUCUCAUCACAGUGUCAGACGCCAAACUCCUGCUGGUCCUCUUCUACCCUAUUAACUCUUGCGCCAACCCCUUCUUGUACGCCUUCUUCACACGCACCUUCAGACGUGAUUUCUUUCUCCUCACAGCUCGCUUCGGCCUGUUUAAGACCCGAGCACAGAUUUACCGAACAGAGAGUUCCUCCUGUCAGCAGCCGGCGUGGACCUCUCCAAAGAGCAGCCACAUGUUGCUGUACUCCUUGGCCAAUACAUUAAGUCUUGAUGGGAAACAAGAGUUCUGACUGUUAUUCAAAAGCAGAUAGAAACUUUUUGCUGGAUCGUCAACAGGAGGAUCAUAUUUCUCUCCUCACAGAAGUCCUAUUUCUCUCAGGAAAAUGAAGACGAUUCCUUGUAGGACUGAUAGAGAUGUUGACAGAAUCUAACGCAUACAAAGACAUACAACUUUGCUUAAGAGGUGCACUUGUUUUGAUGUGUGAACAGACUGCUAAAUCCUCAAAAUGAUGCCCUAACUCUAAAUUCUUAUGCUUUAAAUUACAUUGAAUUUUGUUGGUUAUUAUGUAUGUUAUUAUGUAUCUCUGAUAUGUUGCCAGUAUUUUUGGCCAGCAUCAGCUGCUGAUUUUUCAGACCUGACCUCAGACCUGCAACAACGCAAGUAUCCAGUGUCCUUCUUAAACCAUGUGUGACAGUCAACUCUACUGUAUGUACAGUGUGUAUAGAAAUCCAAGUAAUAGCUACAGAACAACUGCAGAUACUUUGACCAAAUCUAGGUCAAAUGGCUGUCCCAGAUAAUUCCUUGUGUUUGUUUUAAUUUGAUUGGAACGCCAGAUGGGUGGAGUUUACUGCAUGAUAAAAAUUGAGUUCACAAGUAAAUGUAUGAGGAGUAUCAGAGGAGGUAAACUGACUUUUACUUUCAUGCAUCGUCUUACGUAACAUCCGUCUGGUGUCCCAAGAUAAUGAAACAAACUCAAAUACUUUGAAACUGUUUAAUAAAGGUUUGACAUUCGGGAGAUCAGCAUGCACGUCAAGAAACCAACAUUCAUUUAACAUUCAACGUCAUGAUUGAAUGAUAUUCAUUAAGAAGCACACCGCAGGGACUUACUGUUUAAUAAUCUCCUCAUACACCGUCUGCUGUAGCUCUACAUCCCUCCACAUCCCUCUUACCCUUCAGUGUCCAUAUUUUUUUAAUGAAGGAGGUGUAAUUAUCUUUGUAAUGUAAUUAAGUUGUGUAAAUGAAAGUACCACUGUUUUGUAUACGUGUGUUUUGUACAGAAUAUAUCUUUGAGAUGUUUUUUUCAUGUCAUUUAUAAAUUUGUUUAUUAAAUCCUCUUUGAGUAUA